ACUGCAUAAAACAUUAAAUUGGUAAUAACUCUGUGACUGCAUAUAUUAGAGAACCUAAAUCUUCUGAGGAAAUGGAUUGACUGCACCUUCCUGUAUGGACCAGAUGCCUGCAGGUUGUGCAAAUGCUGCUCUCCCUCAGUCUGACUCACCAAAAUGGGACCACACAAUAGACAACUGCAGUUUGUCUAUAUUGGUCUUCCAACUCUUUCACUAAGAACAGCCAAGCAAGCCAUCGUUUGGGUGAUCCUCAUGUUGACAAAAUAUUACGACUUCAACACCGGCAGAGUGACGGAAAGCUCUUUAUGGAGGUCAACUGAUUACGGCACCACAUAUGAGAAGCUUAAUGAAAUAGUUGGACUGAAGACUGUUCUGAGCUAUUUGUAUGUGAGCCCCAACAACAAGAGAAAGAUCAUGUUGCUGACUGACCCGGAGGUGGAGAACAGCCUGCUCAUUAGUCUCGACGAGGGGGCGUCCUAUCAGAAACACAGCUUAGCCUUUGAUAUCCUCAGCUUGCUUUUCCACCCCGAGCAGGAAGACUGGAUCCUGGCAUACAGUCACGACCAGAAGCUCUACGUCUCAGUUGAGUUUGGAAGAAGAUGGCAGCUUGUGCAUGAUAAUGUGGUCCCCAAUAGAUUCUACUGGUCCAAACUGGGCUUGGAUAAAGAACAGGGAAUGAUCCACCUGGAAAUCAGCGUCACAGAAGGAAGGUCGCAGUACAUAACUUGUAAACUCCAGAACUGCACCGAUGGAAACAAGGGCAAGCCUUUCCCUGGAUUUAUCAUCCCCAAUUCUCUGGUGGUUCAGGAUGAAUACGUUUUCAUCCAGGUGCCGAUAGGGAUCCAAUCUGUCCAUUAUGUGUCCUAUAAACGGAAUGCUUUCUACCCAAUGAAGCUUCCCAAGUACACGGUGCCAAAGGACCUACAGAUAAUCAGCACUGAUGAUAACCAGGUCGUAGCGGCAAUCCAGGACUGGCACCAGAACGACUCGUACCACCUGUACAUGUCUGAGUCCAGGGGGCUGUUCUUCACACUCAUGCUGGAGAGCGUGGUGAGCAGCGGAGGGCCCGAAGGCAACAUCAUGAUAGACCUGUACGAGGUAGCUGGGAUUAAAGGGGUGUUCCUGUCGAAUAAGAUUGUAGAGAACCAAGUGAAAACGUAUAUCACCUACAACAAGGGGAGAGACUGGCGGCUUCUGCAGGCGCCAACCACCGAUCUCCAGGGAAACAAGGUCUAUUGUGAACAGCCUUACUGCUCCUUACAUCUGCACCUCCACGUCUCAGAGAAUCCUUACACCUCUGGAAAUAUCGUCAGCAAAGACACAGCUCCGGGAAUUAUCAUAGCAUCAGGGGUGAUUGGACCAGAACUGACCAGUACUAAUGUUAGUGUAUUCAUCACGUCAGAUGCGGGGAACACAUGGAGAGAGGUUUUUCAGGAAGAGUACAGUGUGUUUUUCUUGAACCAAGGGGGAUCUCUGGUAGCCAUCCGCCACACACCUCUCCCAAUUAGGCACAUUUGGCUGAGUUUUGAUGAGGGCAGAAACUGGGACAAAUAUAGCUUCACCUCGUCCCUGCUCUAUGUUGAUGGGGUGCUAGGGGAGCCUGGAGAGGACACCCUUAUAAUGACAAUCUUCGGCCAUUUCAGUCAUCGAUCCGAGUGGCAGCUUGUCAAAGUGGACUUCCGGUCAAUCUUUAUGCACCGCUGCACCUCUGAUGACUACACCAUGUGGCAAGUACACGACCAAGGCCAAGCGUGCAUCAUGGGAAUGAAGAGGGGUUUCCAAAAACUGAAAGCGAACGCUCGAUGUGUCAAGGCCAGAGAUCAGUACGUGCCUCAGAAGUCGGACUCCUGCCCGUGCACAGAGGCCGACUUUGAGUGUGACUACGGGUUUGAGAGACACUCGGAUGGCAGCUGCACACCAUCGUUCUGGUUCAUUCCUUCAGCCACGUCCAGAGACUGCAUCACUGGGGACACUUUCCUCAACACUACGGGGUAUCGCAAGGCUUUAUCUAACAACUGCACCGAGGGGAGUGGAUUGAAGUACAGCCCCAGGCGCCAGAAGUGUCCCAGCCAGUCCCCCAGAGGCCUGCAACUCUUCACCAGUGAGGGAACACCCGUGGCAUCUCUGGAAAACAACGUCACUUUCCUGGUUUUUCUGGAAGAGGGCCUCAGCUCAACCACAAGUAUCACAGUGGACUUCGGGGACGGGACUGCCAUAUCCUAUGUAAACAUAAGCUCCAUAGAAGAUGGCGUCAAGCAUGUCUACAGCAAAGUUGGCAUCUAUCAAGUCUCAGCCACUGCCAGUAACUCCUUGGGGUCUGACAAGGCUAUGCUAUACCUGCACGUCACCUGUCAGCUUGAACAGGUCCAGCUCUCGGCUCCUUCUGUGGCCGUCAAGAACAAGCCAGUAAAUCUCACUACCACAUUACGCCCGAGCCAAGUGGGGACAGUCACUUACUACUGGUGGUUUGAUAACAGAACGGAGCCGGUGGUGACCCUAAAUGGAGGCAUGACCUACACUUUCUCUAAAGUUGGAAGUCACACCGUCACAGUUCAAGCUUCACUGGCCAACACUGUCCAUCAGGAUCAGAUGACUAUUGCAGUCUAUGAUUACUUCCGCUCCCACGUUUUAGCCUUCUCUUCUAAUCUGGACGAGCUGAACCCCGGGGUGUCUGAGUGGAGAGAUGACAUUGGCAGAGUGGUGAAGAACUCCAUAGUGCAGGUCACAGGAAUCAGUGAAGACCAGCUCUUGGUGGCAGUGCUCCCCGGGUUGCCUACAACAGCCGAACUUUAUCUGGUGCCAGAGAUGGGGGCGAGAGGGGGCGCUGUUGAGGAGAAAUGGGCCAAUCUUGACCAGCUUUCUCAGGUUCUGCUAAGUGCUCUGAAUCAGGAUCUGGUCCAGUUCUCACUCAAGCCCGGCGUGCAGGUGAACGUCUACGCCACGCGCCUCUCUCCAGCUCCCCUAGUGGACAACAGUGAAAUUGUCCACAGCAGCACUGCCAUCAUCAUGCUGGUGUCUGUUGUUCUAAUGAUCCUGGCCAUUUUUGUCAUAUAUAAAUUCAAAAGGAAGAUCCCAGGCAUCAACACUUACACAGCAGAGCAGCCAGACAAAGAACAAGAGGUCAUCCCGACUGUGACCUCCAUAGCAGAGCCAGACCCGCAGGGAGACAAGCUGACCCCGCUGGACCGUGUGGAUGUUCACUUAGACUCCAAAAGCAGAGGCUACCUGCCAUCUCACGCAGACAUCAAACUCCCUGAUGAAGCACCCCAUGUGUUUUAAUGGUGAGAGUGUAUGACCGCCUCCAAAGCAAUACAUCUUCUUUGGCAGUUACUUCCAGAAGCCUAUGAAUCCACGGUCACAAUGAACAGUCUCUGGUGUUUUGUGCCCAUGCAUGGACGGACCAGCUCGCACUGUGCUGCCUAAUCCCUCCGAGGACACUGUACAGAUUUAUACUCGCUUCUGGAGGGGGACAAAAACUGGAACACUUUUUGACUGGAAAUACUUGUAUUUUUGCAAGGACGCUUGAUCUUUUUAUGUAAAUAAUGUACAUUCUUAAUGGACAGGGGUUGAGGUCAUUUGUCUCAGCUAGUUUUGGCUGUGUUGCUUUAAUGUAAAAAUAUCCAGCAGUGCAGAUGUUGAAUAAUGUCUGUGAAAAGAAUUCUGUGCAAAAGUCUUUGGGAGGUUUAUAAAAAGACUAUGUACAAAAGCGUAUAACAUAAAAUGUGUACUAAAAUACAUUAUAUGAUGCUUUUUCAGUAGCGCCCCAGAAGGUCAAACUAGUAUACCAAAAGGUUGCCAGUUCAAAUCCUGCUCUGUCUAUUACAUUUAUUUGUUGUUCCUAAGCAGACACCUUAGCGCCCUUGAAUGUAUGUAGAAUUUCAUUAUAAAUCUAUCUUGUCUCCAUGGAGUUAUCAUUAAUUUUCUUUAAAUGUUCCACAGUCUGACUUAAAACAUAUCUAUCUUGUAUUUGUCCAACUGCAGGUGUGUUGUUUUUUUUUGCUUUAAAAUACCCUGUAUUCAACAUAUAUGUGGACUCGCCUCUUCCACUGAUUUGACCUGUAACUUGACUUAGUAGCAUCACUGUAUUGUCUUCUUGGAAGUAGACCCUAUUUUACAAGAUUUAAUGCCAUACUGUGGAACAUUCAAGGCAAAGCAAUAGCAUGUGACAGACCCUCCCCCAGAGGAGUUACAUAGUGCAUCUUUAAAGGGCCCACAUUAGGCUGUUUACUGAUUUAUGUUAUAAUGUUAUAAUGUGUCAUUCACACAUGUUUAGCUCACAAACCCUGCAGAUUUAGGCUGAGUUCUUCUCUCAAAUGGAAAACACUCUGUUUCACCUCAUGAUGUCAUGUUGUAAUACAGGAAGUGCUCCACUGUUGAGUUUUGAAACUCCAGACACCUUCACUAGAAUCAUUUGAAUUGAUUUCAGACCUGGAAAUGCCAAUCUCUACUGAACUAAAAGCAAAAUGUAGCUGUCAACAUGAAAACUACCAAAACAUGACAUCACAAGGUGGAACAGAGCAUUUUGAACUUUGGAGGAAACAUGUAAAUGAAACAAAACACUACCCCAGGUUUUUGAGGAGAUAACACCAUUAUAACAUGAAUAUAAAACUCACAAGAUUCAAUUUUGUGUAAUAUAGGACCUAUAAAGAGUAAAUCUAAAGUGAUCUUAUAGCAUGUUUUUUCUCACCACCUCCCUUAAACUUUUGCACAGUGCUGUUGGCUCCUUUUUUCUCUUGUGUUGUGCCAUUUACUUUGUUAAACUAUGUAGAAGUGUCUUAUCACAGUUACAGCAGAGACAGUGAGGGGCGCGCGGAUUCAUUAAGCCUUGUACAAUCACUAAAUCUUAUCUCCCCAUCCUCAUCAAAUGAAAGCUCGCAAUAUCCACGAGAUGAAGAAGGCCCCCUAGUCCCACAUCUGUGUAUUCCAUCAAGUAGUGUCCCUCCCCCCACCUCCUCCGAUGUUAUAUAUGUCAUAACAAAGCCCAGCUGAUGAUUGAAGAAGAUAGACUUUCAAUAG